AUUUCCUUACAACGACAAUCUUCUCCGAGCCGAGUCGAAUGGUGUUCUCGAUAACUCUCCCACUCUCCUCCGCCCACCGCAAGGAGCCGUUCACGAUGCAAGCCGCUGAAGAGCUCACCUCGCUCGCAGAUCAGGAUGCUGAUAGCACGAAUAGCGAGGCUCGGUAUCUUGGGUAUGCAGCGAGACUAAGGACGGCGUUGCGCGCGGCACAUCGGUAUGUUGCGUAUACGAGUGACGUUGGAGAGGCGUUUCGGCCUGUUGUGAAUCCGCUUGUGGUGAGGAUGGCGUAUGGCGUUUCGUGGGCGUAUCUCGUUGGAGAUGUAGGCUUCGAAACAUGGAAAGCCCAACGUCGGGGUCCGAACCCACUCGAAGCUGCUACGUUUACAGAACCUCAACGUCUCGCACUCAUCGCCGCCAAACGGGGAACCUUCCAGGCAGUCGCGUCCAUGGCUCUCCCAGCCUUAACAAUCCAUACCAUAGUCCGCUACGCCGGCCGCGCCAUCACUCGAUUUCCGUCUCUCGCACCCCGCACCCGCGCCUGGGCACCAACAGCUCUUGGCCUCGCAGCCGUACCGUUUUUACCUUAUCUAUACGACAAACCUGUAGAAUUCGCGACCGAUUCAGUCGCAGAAUGGCUUGAACAUCGUUGGUAUGAGCAUAAAGCCACUGAGAAGCAGUUAGAGAAGAAGAAAGAGUUGUAGAGCAGUAGAUAAGACCACGUUGCUUUGAUACGACUGGAGCAAGGACGAAAUUUCUCGUUUCUUGGAUUGAUAGAUGUACGUAGAUGGAGGGAUAGAUUUUAGGAUUAGUAUUCCUUUCAUCUCAUUAAUUUAGAGUAACUGCUCCCCUUAUAGAUAUUAUGUUGUAUUACAUUUUAAUAGUGA